AUGUCUUACCAGAAUGAGCAGCAGUGCAAACAGCCUUGCCAGCCACCUCCCAUCUGCUUACAGCCCAAGUGUCCUGAGCCAUGCCCUCCUCCCAAAUGCCCUGAGCCUUGCCCCCCUCCCAAAUGCCCAGAGCCAUGUCCACCACAGCAGUGCCAGCAGAAAUGCCCCCCAUGCCCUCCACCCUGCCAGAAGUGCCCACCUAAGAGGAAGUAA